CUCUGCGCCGCGCACGUACCCCGAGCGCCCCUUCGCGGAUCCUAGACGCCUCCCCUGCGCGCUGGUGAAGAACCAGGCUCCAACUGUCGCCAGGAUCCAAACAGCGUCAGCGACGCAGAGCCAGGCCGCCGCGGCAACUAGGAGACAACUCGGUUCCCGCCCAAAGCCUGGUGGAACAUGUUUUCGGGGACGCAGUUUGCAUGACAGUUGCUAGACUAUGUUUCCACUUCUGAUCGCACUCAGCCAGCUGACCAGACUUACCCUCGCGGUUCCUCAUUGGACAAAAAGCCUAAAGGAUUCCGAACAUGUCCGAGAAGAAGUCUUUGCAUCAAAAGAAGCAGCAAACGUCUUCAUGCACCGCCGUCUCCUGUACAACAGGUUUGAUUUAGAGCUUUUCACUCCCGGGGACCUGGAGAGAGAAUGCUAUGAGGAGUUUUGCAGUUAUGAAGAAGCCAAAGAGAUCUUCAGGGAUGAUGAGAAAACGUUCAACUAUUUAUUGACAAUCUCCUAUGUGCCAGACACUGAGAAUGAUAUGUAUGCUAACAAAGAGAAGAUAGAUGUUAUGGGCCUUCUGACUGGACUCAUUGCUGCUGGAGUAUUCCUGGUUAUUUUUGGCCUAUUUGGUUACUAUCUGUGCAUCACCAAGUGUAAUAGGCAGUCAUAUCUGGGUUCCUCAGCUGUCUACACAAGAAGGACCAGACACAUACCCUCCAUCAUCUUCAGAAGCCCUGAGGAGGUUGUCUUGCCUUCAUCACCACCUUCAGAGGACAUAGGGCUACCUUCCUAUGAGCAGGCAGUAGCACUGACCAGAAAGCACAGCGUCUCACCGCCACCUCCAUACCCUGGGCCAGCCAAAGGAUUUAGGGUAUUUAAAAAGUCUAUGUCACUCCCAUCUCACUAAGCCCACCUUGCCGCCUUUCCGUAAGACAUUCAUGUGGUUUGAAUGAUUUGUUCUCCCCGAAACAAAAAAUGACAUUCCUGUUCAGCUUUCUAUGACAAACUGCAAGGAAUAAAGAAGCAAUACUGAACAGAACUCACCACAGUUCUGCUUCUGGCUCGGACUGGAACUGGAUCUCUAUCAUCUUGGUAAGAGAUUUCAGCUCCAUUUCCUUGAAGUGAAGAAAACAGUGCCGUUUUGCAAUGUACGUUGUACUGGUUCAUAAAUCUUUGUUAUAGCUGGGUAGUGUGAUGUGUGUCUAUAAAUAUAUGUUGUACUGGUUCAGAAAUCUUUGCUAUAGCUGGGUAAUGCGACACGUGCCUACAAUCCCCACACCUAGGACACUGAGUUGGGAGGGAUGAGUUCAAGGACAGUCUUAGCCCUAUCCAGACCCUGUCUCAAAACAAAACAAAGUUUCUUAACAGAAGGAGCAAACUAGGAACUGUCAAUCAUUAGUUUAUUUCAAGUCAUGAAUUGGAUCCUCUCUUCAUUAGGAUUUCUUCUUGGCUGAGAAUACUUCACAGAAUUUGACAUUUUGGUGUAAAUCUGGGGCCUUGUAUAAUCACCUGGUUUUCUGAUUUAAUUGGUGCAGAACACUCACCAAAUUUGCAGGUCUUAGUUUUUUUACUUGCUAUCAAUCAUGUUUCCAUGGAAUAAGAGGGGCCAAGAGAGUUUUGUUGUUGUUUCUAAAAAUUGCUAUUCAUAGGCUUAAGAGACAUCUAGUUUGGAAAAGUGCUUAUCAUACAAACAUAAGGAUCUGAGGUCAAUCCUCAGUAUCCAUGUCUGAAACAAAAAAAAACACACACACACACACACACAAAAUAUCAACAACAGAGUGAGUACUUGGAUGCAUACCUAUAAUCCUAGCACUGGGGAGAAGGAGAUAGGAGGACCCCUGGGGUUGGUGGCUAGCCACUGUAGCUGAAUCAGGAACCUCCAAGUUCAGUGAGAGACUUGGUCUCAAAAGUUAAGAUGGAGCCAGUGAGCUAGUGCAUGCCUUUACACCCAGCACUCAAGAGGCAGAGAUCUCUGUGAGUUUAAGACCAGUUUGUUCUACAUUGUGAAUUCUGGGACAGCUAAAAAGCCUGCCUCAAAAAAAAAAUAAGACAGGCAGUGGUUGUGCACACUUUUAAUUCCAACACU